UUUGGUAUUUUCUUUUAAGGGGUGUAAAAACACAUAACUUUUUAUGAAAAAUCAAAACAAAAUCCGAUGACCUCCUGCUGGAUGUGCACAAACUCUGGGACGUGGACAGGAUGUCUUGCUAUUAUCGCCAGCACGAGGACACGGCGGUGACCGUGCCGAAAUUCACAAACGAAACCUCCAGCGGCGGUGUGACCUACUACGAUGUCAAGGUGCGGGUGGGCACCUUGGAGUGGCUGGUGGAGCGGCGCUAUCGGGACUUCGCCCAGCUCCACGACAAGCUGGUGGAGGAGGUGGCCAUCAGCAAGAAGCUGCUGCCACCGAAAAAGCUGGUGGGCAACAGACAACCCGCUUUCCUGGAGCAGCGCCGCGAGCAGCUGGAGAUCUAUUUGAGGGAGCUGCUAAUCUACUUUGGCGCGGAGCUGCCCCGCGCCUUGGCCGAGUUCCUGGACUUUACCAAGUACGACAUCAUCUACCUGCUGCAGGAUCUUGCCAAGCUGUUCAACGAGAGCGGGGAUGCGCUGCUAAGCUCCAAGAAGGAGUACAACCUGUCGGCCCUGGAGGUCUAUGCCAUUAGUGAGCGUCUGAGUCUUCCCUGUCCACCAAGUCUAGAUCGUGGCGGCAAAUACGACUUCUCCCAUGUCCUGGACUUCUGCACUCAGCUGGUGGCCUUGGUAGUGACUCCUGUUAAGGACAAUGCCAGCUAUGCGCAGGACUACAACACAGUGGACGUGCCAAUUGGACGGAGCAAUAUCAUUCCCAACAGACUCAACUUUAACCUGAAUGCCUUUCGCAAUCUCAAAACCCUGCGUUUCUCCGCCCUGUCCACCGAGAACAUUGCCGACAUUGAGCUGCUGAAGCCCACGCUCCAGACAAUCUGUGUCCACAACACCACCAUCCAGAAUAUAAACCAGGUUCUGCUCUGCGACAAUCUGCACAAGCACUGCGAUGUGCCCAGUCUUCUACCGGAGACCAUUGCUGCCAGUUCCAGUUCUUCCAUCUCGAAUGGCGGCAGUGCUUUGGUCACGGCGGAUGCCUGGAAAGAGCUAACCGAACUGGACUUGACGGGCAAUCUGCUGACCCAAAUCGAUGGCAGUGUGAGAACAGCCCCGAAGCUGCGGCGCCUUGUCCUAGAACAGAAUCGCAUAAGGUCUGUGCAAAACCUGGCGGAGCUGCCUCAUCUGCAGUUGCUGUCGCUGUCGGGGAAUCUCAUAGCCGAGUGCGUGGACUGGCAUUUGACGAUGGGAAAUCUUGUGACGCUGAAGCUGGCCCAGAACAAACUAAAGACCUUAAAUGGUCUGCGGAAGCUGCUGUCGCUGGUCAACCUGGAUUUGAGCUCCAAUCAGAUUGAGGAUCUAGAUGAGGUUGAUUACGUGGCCAAUCUUCCUUUGCUGGAGACUUUGAGGCUCACGGGAAAUCCCCUGGCGGGAAGUGUGGACUAUCGUGCCCGCGUCUUGGCCCGCUUUCACGAACGCGCUGCUGAAAUCUCGCUGGACAAUGAGCCUGGCAAUCAGCAGGAACUGGACACCGCCCUGGUUUUAUCGGCCCUGCUGCAGUCCAAGCAACGACAGCUACAGAAAUGACCUAUGUCUUGAUUCCAUUCACAAAUCUCCAAUUGAUUAACAAACAUUUCGUAUAUGAUAUUUUCUGUAUUCCUAAAUUAUUUUAAUGUGUUUAUCAACCUUGUUUAUAUAUGUUUUUAAUUGUCCACCCGAUGUGCAAUAAUGCAAUGCUCACCUCGAAAAUGAAUAGUUAAGUAAAUUAAAUAAAUUCCAUGUACUAUAUAACCUGA